AUGACAGAUCGUAGAGUCAUCGAAACGUAACGACUUAAAAACUUCUUUGUUUUAAAGUCUAGUUGUUAGUUUCGUGAUCAGGAGAUCUCUCAGUAUGUGGUUGAUAGCAUGUGCACUCGUCGUUUUAUUAAGCUGCUGUUCAGCUGAAAUUAUCGAGAACAAACGCAAAGCAGAGGAACUGAAUUUGUUAGUGUCAUUAGCUUUCCAUGAGAAGAUCGAACGAGAGGGCCCUGCCCUGAAGGAGUUGGUGGAAAAACAAGCCCUAGAAUGUGAAGCUAAACUUAACAGUACAUUUGAAGUAUGCCAAAGCUGCAGAGCAAGGUAUGAAAAUAUCCCUGAACCUAACCAAGGUAGUGUUGACCAACUUCUGAUACUGAUCGAUCCAAAGACUUUCGGCGACGUGACUGGGAAUCCCAUAGGAACAAUUGUUAGAAAAACUAUUCCAAGUGUUGUUAAAGACGCGGGCGGUAACCUUGAAACAGUCUUCAAGGGAACAAUUCCUAAAAUAGGCAAGGACAUCAAGAAAGAGCUAAGGGUAUUCUUUACCAGAACACUCCCUAAUGUAGGGAAAUUUGUCGGAAAUCACCUUGAAACCUUCUUCAAAAAGACUGUCCCGAAGACAAGGAAAAAAGUAGGGAAACAUUUGGAUAUAUUUUUUUCAGACACAAUUCCGAAAGCUGGAAAGAAUGCCGGAGCACAUCUGAAUAGAUUCUUCACUAAAACACUUCCAAGCACUGGGAAAGAUGUUGGAAAAAGUCUUAACACAUUUUUCAAGAAGACGGUCCCUAAAACUGGAAGGAAAGUCGAACACUUCUUCAAGAAGACAAUUCCUAAAGUCGGGAAGAAAGUUGAAACUUUCUUCAAAAGGACCAUCCCGGGUAUAUUUAGGGGGAGACGCAGACGACAAGUUUCCCAGUGCCCAGCCUGUGAUAAGAUUGAAAUUGAGAGCAUGACGUCAGUAGACAUCAUGCGUACAGUAUGCGGACAAGCUUAUGUGAACAAUGUUGCACAGUACAGGAAGAUGGCGACCAUAAACAAAUUGAUCCAUGUUGACAAAAAACCUGUCAUUACUAAGGUAACGUUCAUGAGGAAAGACGUAGUCAAUAAACUACUGGAAGGCAUAGCUUCCGCCUCACCAUUCGCUGUCACGUACACGGACGGCAGAACCUCGGAAAUCCUCAAAUCUGACAAUACACUGGACCUUCUAGAUCCAAACCAGAUUUUGGGGGAGGAGCUGGCUAAGGAAAUAUGGGACAUGUUCUAGACACUGUGUGGUUGUUCUGGCAUUUUUA